GCAUCGUCAAGUUUUAGGUUUAACAUCAGUUGCAAAUCAUUUGCCAAACCAAAUUCAACAUUUAAAAAACUUCAUCCUUUUUUAACAACAACAAUUCACAAACCUCAUUAUCAUCAUGUUCAAACUAUUGUUGGUUUUGUCUAUCUUUGCUAUUGCUGUUGCUGAGCCAGGCGUAGUGGUAGCUCCAGUGGUAACCCAUCCUGUUGCAGCCCAUGGUGGUCCUGCCAUACAUCAUCAUGCUGCCCAUGCUGUGCACUCCCAUGUUAUUCAACAUCCUGCCCCUGUUAAAGCGGUGCAUGUUGUUAAACCUGUAGUACCUGUUGUACCAGUAGUUAAGCCAGUGGUACCUUUAGUACCCGUGCAUCAUGCUCAUCCUGCAGUUAUAGCUCAUCAUUGAGUUGUUGAUGGAAUUUUUCCAUGUUGUUAAACCUUAUCUAACCUAAUCCUGUAAAAUCCCUCCCUCCCAAAAAAAAACUUCUUUUUGCAACAAAAAAAAUGUAUACUUAUACU